CAAGACCAAACCCACAUCUACACUUUUCCACCAGCCCACCAUGUCCGGAGGCUGGAACACAAUCGAAUCCGACGCGGGCGUCUUCACGUACCUGCUGCAGAACCUCGGCACCAAGGACGUGCAGUUUGAGGAGCUGGUGUCGCUAGACGCCGACUCGCUGCGGCAGCUGAGCCCCGUCCACGGCGUUAUCUUCCUGUUCAAGUAUCCCACCGACGACAAGUCGGCCGCCGCGCAACGGGACGGCACCCUCGACCACGAUGCCGCCGAGAACAUGUUCUUCGCGGCGCAGACGAUCCAGAACGCGUGCGGCACGCAGGCGCUGCUGUCGGUGCUGCUGAACAAGGACGGCGAGAUCGACAUUGGGCCGCAGCUGCGCGACUUUAAGGAAUUUACGACGGCAUUUCCGGCGGAUCUCCGCGGCGAAGCCCUCUCCAACUCGGACCUCAUCCGCGAGACGCACAACUCGUUUGCGCGGUCGUCGCCAUUUGUCGACGAGACGCAGCGGACGGCGACGGGCGACGACGACGUGUACCACUUCAUUGCGUACACGCCCAUCAACGGAAAACUCUACGAGCUGGACGGGCUGCAGCCGGCGCCCAUCUCGCACGGGACGUGCACGGCGGCCGAGUUCCCCGAAAAGGUCAUCCCGGUGCUGCAGCGGCGGAUUGCGCGCUACCCGGCCACGGAGAUCCGCUUCAACCUGCUGGCCAUGGUGCGCGACCUGCGGGUGCGGGCGCGCGAGAUUGGCGACGCUGAGGCGGAGCUGCGCGAGGAGCAGAAGCGCGCCGCGUGGCGCUGGGAGAAUGCGCUGCGGCGGCACAACUUUGUGGGCUUUGUCGGGGAGCUGAUGAAGGGGGUUGUGGCGCAGAAGCUGCGGGAUGGGUCGUAUGAGCGGUGGGUGGAGGAGGCCAAGGGCAAGACGCGGGCGCGGGUCGAGGAGCGCGCCAAGAGGGGCAUUGCGGCUGAUGAGACGGAUGUUUAAUAUGGAGUACAUGCUGUAUGCGCUGAGGGGGCGCUAGAACAGCGGAUACGGCUUAUUGGCCUGUGGACAGAACACAGUCCGCGUUCUCAACGGGGUUUAAUGGCAUGACUGUGAUCUUCAAGCCAAACGAGAGCAUAGCAGUCGGAAUGCACUCAUGGGCUCCAACGCUCCAACCCUUAGCCUAAAUCAGAGACGAAUGCAGU